AUGUCACGAUCACGAAAAAUGUUGGACAUGCUUAUAGUCGAUGGAGAAAAGCCUGAGCUUAGUUCAUCAAUUUCAAAUAUUCCUGCUGUUUAUACAAAGAAAAGUGUAAAAACUGCUAUGAAUGUUGAUGACAACGGCAUGACACAACAAACAUCACCUUUGCCUUCCGGUGCAGAAGAAAUCAGUCAGAAACUAGCUGAUUUAUGGGAAGAAGUUCUGCAUGAAGAAGGUGGGACCAAUGAAAUCACCUGCGACAGCUCAAUACUGAAUGUCAUGUCUGAUCUGUCUGCUAAUGAUGUUUACAGCAAUCAACCCAGUAGGUUUUCCUUGGAAGUGCUUUCUAGUUUCGAAAAUUCACCAUUAAUACAGCUUGAUGAGCUGUUAGAAGUUUCUGACCACAGAUCUACCCCGGUUAAUUUAGAACUGUCAGUGCUUACUCCUAUGCCGUCUCCUACUAAUGUGCAUUCGAUCUGCGAUAGCACAUUUUGCCCUAAUCAUGUAGACAGUUCCUCUAUAAUUUCUUCGUUGUCAUUUAGCAAAACGAAUUCACCUGCUACUUCGCACUCAAACGAUCGCACUGUGACUCCUAAAACGACUAGAAAACGACUGAGUAACACGAGAAACUCGGUACAAACUGAACUAAAACCUGAAUAUUCCGAGCCUAUUAUAGUUCCUGCUGCUAAAUAUAAAGACUUAAUAGAUAUGUGCCGCUCAGAAGUAAUUCCCUCAGAGUAUCAUCCAUACUUUAACUCUUUGCCACAUCACACCAACGUCGAUGUUUCUGAAGAAUCGGAUGAUAAUAUAUCGGAAUAA